GCAGCGCUCCCGGGAAGGAUCUCUUGCGGAUUGGAUCGGCUCCGCUUGCCCAGCCCAGGACUCUGGCCUUGCUGUCCCCGGCACGGGCGUGCUGAAUUUCGCAGAAGGAAUUUGGUGAUCCAAAACUGAGGAAUUGUGUGCCUUGCAGCAAUGUCAGCAGAUGCUGUUGCCAUCCCAGAGAACAUAAAUGGUAACAGUUACAGCCAAGAAAGCAAGCCUUCAAAUCUACGAGCUUCGGAGAAGAAGUGUUCAUGGGCCUCUUAUAUGACUAACUCACCAACUCUGAUUGUAAUGAUUGGUCUUCCUGCAAGAGGCAAGACUUAUGUAUCCAAGAAAUUAACUCGCUACCUCAACUGGAUUGGAGUGCCUACAAAAGUUUUUAAUUUAGGGGUUUAUCGUCGUGAAGCAGUUAGAUCAUAUAAAUCAUAUGAUUUCUUCAGACAUGAUAAUGAAGAAGCCAUGAGGAUUAGAAAACAAUGUGCCUUGGUGGCCCUUGAAGAUGUUAAACUUUAUCUCAUGGAAGAGUCUGGCCAGAUUGCUGUCUUUGAUGCAACCAACACAACACGAGAAAGACGGGAUAUGAUUUUAGCUUUUGCCAAAGAACAUUCUUUUAAGGUUUUUUUUGUGGAGUCUGUCUGUGAUGACCCCGAAGUCAUUGCUGCCAAUAUAUUGGAUGUUAAAGUCUCCAGUCCAGAUUACCCAGAAAGAAACCGAGAGAAUGUGAUGGAAGAUUUUCUGAAGAGAAUAGAAUGUUAUAAAGUCACCUAUCAACCCCUUGAUCCAGUUGAUUAUGACAAAGACCGUUCUUUCAUAAAAGUUAUCAAUGUUGGGCAGCGCUUUCUGGUCAACCGGAUCCAAGACUACAUCCAAAGUAAAAUUGUCUAUUAUCUCAUGAAUAUUCACAUUCAGCCACGCACAAUUUAUCUCUGUAGACAUGGAGAAAGUGAAUGCAACCUUAUUAGAAAGAUAGGUGGAGAUUCGGGCCUGUCAACACGUGGGAAACAGUUUGCUGAGGCUCUGAAAAGAUUUAUCAAAGAGCAGGAGAUUAUGGAUCUGAAAGUUUGGACUAGCCAGUUGAAAAGAACCAUCCAAACAGCAGAAGCCUUAGGAGUGCCGUACGAGCAAUGGAAGAUACUGAAUGAAAUUGAUGCAGGAGUAUGUGAAGAAAUGACAUACGAAGAGAUUCAGAGAAAAUACCCAGAAGAGUUUGCACUUCGAGAUCAAGAAAAGUACCUUUACCGCUAUCCUGGAGGAGAAUCUUACCAAGACUUGGUCCAGCGCUUGGAACCUGUAAUUAUGGAACUGGAACGUCAAGAGAAUGUCUUAGUUAUUUCUCACCAGGCGGUUAUGAGGUGUUUAUUGGCCUAUUUUCUUGACAAGAGUGCAGAUGAAUUGCCUUAUUUAAGAUGUCCUCUACAUACCAUCUUUAAGCUUACACCAGUUGCUUAUGGCUGUAAAUUAGAAAUGAUUUCUCUGAAUGUUGAAGCUGUAGAUACCCACCGGGACAAGCCAUCUACAGUGAAUAACCUUCCAAAGAGCCAAACCCCUGUAAGGAUGAGAAGGAACAGCUUUACACCACUAGCCAGUCCGGACACAGUAAAACGGCCUCGCAAUUACAGUGUUGGGAGUCAACCUCUCAACCCGGCAGGAUCCCUGCUGUUCCAGGAGGCUCAAGAUCAACAAAAGCUUCAAGAGAGUGUUCAGGCGCUUCAGAUGGAAAGUCCUUACAUAAAAAAGCUGGCUUAGCAAUGUAGAAGUAUCCCAUUUGUGUCAUAGAAAAACUUCAUGGAUGUCUCUGAAAAAAAAAUCACCUUCGACUGGAACUACUUGAAAGAAUAUUUAAUGAAGCUGCUUUUGCUCUCAGGGGCUUUAAAGCAUGAUGGAUUGUUUCAUUUUUUGAACUUCUCUAGUGUCUCUGGAAAUGAACAUUUCUUCAUGAUAUAUAUUAAAUGAUCAGCAUUUGAACUUAGAAUAAGCUUGCUUUAAAGCUCUUAGGGCCUAAUAAUGCACUUAUUGGUUAUCUAUAAGUGACAUCUUUCUGGAAUUUAAAAGAACAUCAAUAUUAAAAUUGAAAACCAAUUUUAUACCUGUUUAAAUGUUAUGGCUGCCAAAUUAAAAUCCUCAGAACUACCAUUCUUGUAAAACAUUUAUAGAAAAGCCAUGGCAUCUAAGCUACAUUUAAAUAGGUUGAGAUUUGUUGUACAGAUGAGACUUAUAAAAAAUAGAUUUUUUUGCCUCUCCAAAACACAUAUACAAAUCUGAUUUUCUUUCUUUCUUCAUUAAAUAUUGUAUGUGGAUUGCACUAUAUGACUUAACAAAGUUCUUCCUUAUAUAAAAAUACUGCAUAAGAAUCUAGUUCUCAAAUAUGUUGUAGCUAAUUCAAAAAAGACUUAAAUAAAUUCAAGGCUUUUAACUUGAAUUUAUAGUGUUAUAAGUGCAGUAAUAGUGAUACUAGACAUUAUUUUACAAUAAAAUAACAUUUUGCUGAAUAAGUAAUAGCAAGAAUUUCCAUUUGAAUUUCCUUAAAUGUUUAGGAGAGUUUAGUCUGUCUUACUUGGUUCUGCAGGAAAUAUGAUGAGUUUUCUUUCUUUCAAGGGCAUUUAAUCUUGAAUUCUUUUCUUCAAUAGUUCUUGAGUGGCUAGCUCUCAGGUUCUUAUCCUCAUUGUGGGAUAUGAUAAACAUUAAGCUUUUAAAUGGUGAUUCCAGGGUAUAAACAUCUUAGCCAAAAUGAUAGCAAUAAGGUCCCCAAUAGCAAAGACAAAAUAAAUUUGACUUUGCUAUUUCCUUUCUCAUUUCAGGAGAAAAGUCAAAAAUUAAUAAAUAUUAAAAGUAGAAUCAUUGCUUGCUAACCAAUUUGAAACAACUAUCUUCCUAUUUUACUAAGGGUAAUUUUAAGUAAACUGUACCAUUGAUGUAACGGUGUAAAACAAUUCUUAGUAACAAUUAUUGCUUUUAAUGCAGUGGUCUCCAACCUACGGGCCAUAGCAUACUAUAGCCUAUUUGCAAUCAGGCUGCAGGAAUGGUGGGUUGGUGUGCGAGCACAUGCACACAGAGCUCAACAUGUGCAGCUUGAACUGCAUGGGCGUGCCCAUCAGCCUCACACUUUCACAAGUUGAGUUGUGCACAUAUGAGUGUGACGACCCACUGGUCAUGCAGCCUCAAUCCCAUCUCCCCCUCUACCAGACUGCCAAACUACAAAGAUUGGAGGCCACUGUUUUAAUGUAUAAUAAAAGUAGCAGAAGUGUACUACAUAGGAUUUUUCCAAAAGUGCCAUCUAUAUGAACUAAUUGGAACAGUUAAUGCUACAUAACUCCAAACUAGGAUUUUUAAAAAGUCAGGUAAAGAUCUGCUUGCCAUAUUUUAAAGAUUUUUAAUUGCUGUUCUGUUCUUCAUGAUUCUUAUUUUUUUGAUGAAAGAAAUAUUGUGGCCAACACGUCUGCAGUGGAGGAAGUCAAAAUCUGCAAGAUGGAUGCUAUGGUGUCAUCACCAAAACUACAUGCUUUAAUGGUGGUGCAGUGCUUAGAAUGCAGUGCUUAGUCUAAUUCUGCUGACUGCCAACUCCCGACUGCCAACAUUCAGCA